GUCACUCCACAACUCCGAAUAUCAAAAAUGUUUAGCAAAUCAAGUACACAUAUGGACCAUGUGCGUCCGUUUUGGUUCACAGCAACCACCCAACCCAAAGCGGAAGCGCUCACUCUUACCACCGUCCUCACUCUUGAUGAGUGGGAUCAGCUCAAGCGUUUGACAGAGAUAUGGCAGGGUACGUCCCAUUUCUGCUACUUGGCUCGCAUUCGUCGUGAGUACGAUGCCAGCCCUUCAUUACAGCAAUACGUGGAUCUCCAUCUGGUGAUACGGCCGGACGCCCGACACGAAGAAUUUCCAAUCUUUAGUACCGGCGGAAUGCAAGAAGCACGUAACCUUGCACGACUGUUCAGUCGAUCCAAAUAUUUUGUGGCCAUGCCAGUCACCACGUUGUGGACGACCAAUUUGACCAAUGCCGUGGAAGAAUACAAGGAUAUUUUGGAUGAAGGAGACGUGCUAGUGGUCCCGACUUUUGCGUUUCCGAGAAGACACAAUGGGAUGAUAGAAACGUCUUGGCCAAAGGAGAGAGAAGGCAUCAUUGAAUGGGUGCGUGCCGGUCGUAUGGGCAUGCUUGAUUAUCAUUGGCCCAUGAACCGCGGACCUUCUUCGUGGCCCGAGUGGCAGGAAGCUGAGGAAGCCUACUUGGUGACAGAAUACGAUUUCCAUUAUAACCCCGUUUACAUCGCAACUCGCGACGAUCAUCCUUGGUGUGAGGAACGAUUUGAAGAUCAAUUGUCCGCUUGUGUCUACUCUAUGUUCCUGGCCGGCUCCGACUUGUUUGUGUUACAUGACAAUUUCAUUGUGCGCACAGGACAAGAGCCCGAAGAUAAAUUGACGGAGACCGAGCGCGCAAUGCAAGUGGCUUUCUACAAGAACUUCCGUAUUGAACAGUGUGUAUUUUACGCACGGCAGUUUGACCAGAACGGAUUGUUCGAUACAGAAAUAGCCAGCCAUGUGAAACAAGAGUGUGCGAAAGCACUGGGCAGUCUGCAGAAGGAAAAAAUGAUUGGAAAACCGCAUCAGCAUUAA